UUGCCGUGUGAGGGCCGCACCCUUUUCGCUCAUUGACUUGCGCCACAUCACCUUGCUGGAGGAUCGCCAUGGCAACAGGUUGCCCGUAGCGACGGGGUACCGCUCCAUCGCCGCCAGAAAGCCAGACAGCGCGGGGGCGCGCACAGAGAAACGCACGCACGGCAGGGUGAGGUCCGCGCACAGAGACACGCUCAGACGCGGCGGGCGGCUCGUGCGGACUCGGGGAUCGAACCGGCGGCAGCGGCGGCGGCAUGAUGGCGGGCUGACGUGACGACAGCAAACGACACACGAGAAAACAACAAGAACAGGAGCAGGCGUCCGGCCACGGCACUCCCGCACACCCCCCUGUUCCGUGCGUGGUUAUCGAGCGCCGGCCACAGCGCUGGAGCCGCGACGCUCCAGCAUGGACGUGCCCAGGAUGGCCGAGGGCCUCUUCAGCAGCACGCUGUCGUCGUCGGGUGGCGGCCACCACGCGGCGUCCUACCUGACGCUGGAGCAGAAGGCGGCCUUCGUCUUUGUGAUGCUGCUCUUCAUCUUCCUGGCGCUCCUCAUCGUGCGCUGCUUCCGCAUCCUGCUGGACCCGUACCGCAGCAUGCCCUCGUCCAACUGGACCGACCACACCGAGAAGGACACCUUCGACUAUCGCAUCGUCUAAGCCAGGGGUUCUCAAACUCUUGGGGUCCAGAGGAGAAAUUUUAAAAUCUUAAAACAUAACUAUCAUGCGUAUCCCUAAAUUCCAUGGGAAUUCCCGUUUAGCGCGGGGGGAUACAUUCCAGACGUACCGGCUGUGGGUUCCAACCUGCAAUAUCAUUUAAACCUAUUGCCCAUUUUUGAGACAAACAUUUACAUGAUGUUACGAGUUGGAUUUUGUCAGGAUAAAAUAUCAGAAUUUUACAAGAAUUAGGAUAAAUCGUAAUCUUACGAGAUUUGAGUUUGACUUUUUUUCUGGAUAAAACGUCAUAAUCUAUGAGAAUAAAGUCAGAUUUUUACGAGAAUACAAUUUUAUUUUUACAGGGUAAAUUCGUAAUAUUGUAAUAUUACGACUAUAGUCAAAUUUUAACGAGGGUAUAAAGUCAUCGUAUUUUAAGUGAAUUUCAAAAAUACAACUUUAUUCAUGUAAUAUUACACUUUUUAUUCUGGAAAACACACUUUGCAAACAAAAUGCAAACCUUUUUGGGUAGGGCGUCAAUUACUUGCGGAUUUUGGCGAUUCGCGGCACUUUUAACGAAAUUAUACGAAAUCAUUUCUUGAAAAAUGAUUUUGUGAACUCCCAAGUUACAGCUUGCGGACCCCCAGUUUGAGAACCACUGGUCCAAGUUCCUUGGACAACGGCGACUGCGCUGGGAAAAUGGCUACCCUGAGUGGACGUACUCCCCCGCCCCUAUCCCCCUUGAGUGGACAUCUUCCUUCCUCCUCCCUCAUCCUCCAUUCGUGGACUACCUCGUUCCGCCAUCUUGUGUGUGGACGUCUAAACAGGGUCAAAACAGAGUUUACAUGCCAGCGUCCUUGCUAGAUUUAGACAAUCAGUGUUGUCCCGCCAACCUGCGUAGUCGACCUCCUCCAAGGCUUCCCGCCGCCUUCUCUUUCUUCUUCUACUUGGAGCGCUCCCUUUAACGUAAACCCUUUGAACAUUGGCGGUGGCGGUGUCGGACCCAAAGUUGACAGUGCUGUACCGUGUGCCUCCACAUGUUGUCUCGUGUGGUUUAUCGUCACGUGACGUCCGUGUUCCUCAAGCAGGGUCACUGCCGGCACUUGGUAGGCGGACGGCGGCGGCGCCUCGACCGCGGCGGCAUCUCGUCGGUCGUCUCCGUCUCCGUCCUCCCGCCAAAGCCUUCGCCCACUGACGCCAUGGCUUCUCGCCAGCUGUGCGCCUUAUAGCAGAGGUGGGGGAAUCAAGUCACAUGACUUGACUCGAGUCUGACUUAAGUCGUCAAUUUUAAGGACUUGGGAUGUGUUUGGCUAAAAUGUAUAACUUGACUUGACUCUGACUUCUUGAGACUUGACUCGAUCGUUCUUGGUAAGACUCGACGUAAAUUAUAGUACCUGAUUUGACAAGUCAGCGACACGGUGUGCGACUGGUUAGCACACCUGCCUCACAGUUCUGAGGACCUGGGUUCAAAUCCUGCCUUCCUGUGUGGAGUUUGCAUGUUCUCCGUACUUUUAGCUUCACCGAAGACGACAUUUUUCUUCACUGUGACGUGAGUAUGAAAAGUUGUUUGUCUAUACGUGGCCUCCUCUUGACAGCUGACCAGUCCCGGGUGUACCCCGCGUCUCAUCCGAAGCCAGCCGGGAUUGGCUCCAGCUCACCUGCGACCCGAAUGACAAACUGGAUGGAUGUCUGGGUUUACUCCGCAGUUUAGCUAACUAAGAGCUGGCCAAACAUUAGCUAAGCUUAAUGUCAGUUCUACACCGGUUAAGAGAAUAAAGUCAUAGAUAUUACAGACACUGCUUCAAGUACAGAUACUAAGUGGAAAGUGCUAAUGUGUGAAAAUACUGGGUAUUUGCUUUAUUUUUGCCACAGUAACUUGGGACUUGAAGGUUAAGACUUGGGACUUAUGACUUGCACAUAAGGUGACUUCCGCCCACCUCUGCCUUUGUAGUGUAGAUUGUUUACAGAAUUUUCUUCCUGGUGAUGUCAUUAAAAGAGAGACACUCCCCCCACGCCCCAACUCCUCCCUCGCCACGCGUGCACUUCCUGCUGAGACAGGAAGUGGACCGCUUGAGCCUUUCUCGCGCCGUUCUCGUGAUGCUGUGGCCUUUAUCCCGCCCCGCCCCCCCCCC